AUGCAAGCUUUCUUCAAAGAUGCCGAAAAAAAGAAAGAACAAGAUAACCUCGUGCAGCAGUGGGUAUUUGAAAUCACGUCUGUUGCUAAUGAAGCUGUGUCCAUCUUAGAAGCAUACAGUUUGGAUGCGGCAAAAGAUGGUGAUCAUGCUGUUGGAUUUGUUGAUCAUCUUAAGGCUUAUGCUUGCAUCUGUCAGAAGGAGGAGAAAUUACACAACAUUGGGAAGAACAUCCAGUCCCUCAAGAAAAGAGUCAUGGAUAUGUCUCGAAAACGAGAUACCUAUGGCAUUACUCACAUCAAUAAUAAUGCUGAAGAAAGAUCAAGUAAUAGGGCAAAUGAUCUGUCUUCCACAUCAAUAAGAACAUUGAGGAGAGCAGUGUCCUAUGCAGAUGAAGAUCAACUCUUUGUUGGCUUUCAAGAGGUCUUUCAAAGACUACUUGAUGAACUUCUCAAAAAGGAGUCUCGCCGAAAUGUCAUUUCAAUUUAUGGCAUGGGUGGGUUGGGAAAGACCACUCUCGCAAGAAACCUGUAUAACUCCCCAAGUCUAAUCACUACCUUUCAAACUCGUGCUUGGAUAUGCGUCUCUCAACAGUAUAGUACCCAAGACCUCCUUCGGAGUAUCAUAAAAUCUAUCGAAGGUUGCAGUGAAGAAAUGCUAAAAAUGCUGAAGGAGAUGACGGAGAGAGAUCUAGAAACUCACCUCCGUAAUCUAUUGAAAGAGCGCAAAUACCUUGUGGUGGUUGAUGAUGUAUGGCAUCGAGAAGCCUGGGAGAGCCUGAAAAGAGCCUUACCGGAUAACAAAAAUGGCAGUAGAGUUAUCCUAACGACACGAAAGGAGGACGUGGCUGAAAGAGUCGAUGGCAAAGGUUUCUCCCAUAAACUUCGAUUUCUAAAUAAUGAAGAAAGUUGGGACCUUUUAUGCAAGAAACUACAUCCAGAGAAUAAGAUGGUUGGUGCUUACUUGUUCUCCCCAUCAAUGGAAAGGCUAGCUAUGGAAAUGGUGGACAAGUGCAGAGGAUUACCACUUGCUAUUGUGGUACUAGGUGGGCUACUUUCCUACAGAAAGGGAGUGGAUGAAUGGCAAAAGGUGAAGACACAUCUUUGGCAGCAUAUGAAGAAUGACUCUGUUGAGAUAACUCACAUCCUAUCAUUGAGCUACAGUGAUUUGUCAUUUGAGCUUAAGCAAUGCUUUUUAUACAUUGGCAUUUUCCAAGAAGAUCAUGUGAUCGACACUGAAAAGUUGAUGUAUCUGUGGCUGGCAGAGGGAUUCAUACCAAGAAUUAGAGAAGAACAUAUGGAGGAUAUUGCAGAAAACUUCCUACAUGAGCUAAUAAGUCGAAGCUUGAUUCAAGUUGCGGAGACAUUCUUUGAUAAAAUUCUUACAUGUAGGAUACACGACCUACUUCGGGAUCUUGCUGUACAGAAAGCCAUGGAGGUUAACUUGUUUGACAUUUAUGAUCCAAGAGUAAACUUGGUCACCCCAUUUCGUCACCGACAUGCUAUUCACACGCAAACUCAAAGGUAUCUGUCACUUGAUCUCUCAGAAUUGAAGGUAAGGUCAAUAUUGCUCCUUGACAAAGAAUUUAAGCACUUGGAUGAUAAAAAGUUUAUAAAGUUAUGUACAACGUUCCUGCAUUUAUAUGUGCUGGACUUGGAGAAUAUCUAUAUUGUCGGGAAUAAACUGCCUGUUGCUAUUGGCAAUUUGGUACACCUCAAGAUCUUAGGCUUGUCUAACACCAAUCUUUUCAAACUCCCAUCCUCCAUUGGCAAACUAAAAAACCUACAAACGCUGGAUGCACUGAUUGAUGACUGUUGCCCAUGCAAAUUACCUUCUCAGAUAACCCAGCUCACAAAUUUGAGACAUUUAAUUACUCGAUAUGAGGUUCCUUUGCAAGUUGACGGGCUGACAAAUCUACGAACUCUGAAAUUUAUUCGUUGUGAUCAGUGGAAACAUACUGAUGCUUCUGGUUUAGUCAACCUUCAAGAAUUGGGCAUGGAAAAGAUUGAGAAAUCUUACUCUCUAAAAUCCAUUGGCAGCCUGAAAAGCCUCACCACCUUGUUUCUCGUUUGCAGUUAUGGUGAAACUUUUCCUCCCCUUGAUCCUCUUUCUUCUUGUGAAAACCUUCAGAGAUUGUGGUUAUCAGGAAGAAUAGAAGAAGUAGCAAUUGUAAACAAUCUGCCAAAAUCCAUCACUGUGUUAGUCCUACAGUCUACAGCACUCUUUACAGGACUCGAGGAAGAUCCAAUGCCAAUUCUGGGGAAGCUUCCAAACUUAAAGCAUCUUGAGUUAUCACGGGCUUACAAUGGAAAGAAAAUUACUUGUAACGGCAACAGUUUUGGUCAGCUGGAGACCCUUAGACUUGGUGAUCUUAAAAAUCUAGAAAGCUGGCAUAUUCACACAACUGCUAUGAGUGUUCUUAAAAGUCUGACUAUAUUUGGGUGUCUGGAGCUGAAGAAAAUUCCAGAAAGAUUGGAACAUAUUGCUGUUCUUGAUGGUAAUCAAAGCCAAAGGGAGUACUAUUAUCAGUUCCCAAAUUAACUAGCUAGGAACUUGCUGCAUGUCUGAAGCUUUUGAGGAGAAUGCUGAUCUCUGGGCAAUGACAAGAGUUGGAAGCUGGAGAGUCGCGCAAAUAUUUACUGCUUUUAUGAUUUUUUUUUUUCCCUCCAUCUUAGUUCAGUGACACAAUGUCUGUCAUGUUCAUGUCACACGCCACGAUAGCUGCUGUACUUUUGGAUAGGACCCUUAACGAUGAAGCUCGUAAAGACAAUGGCUCACAUUGAUGGGACAAGUUUGUGUUGCAUACUAAAGAUGUUUGAAGUGAUGAGUUCUAUAAAUUACCAUGCCAUCACUUGAACUUUUCCUUUAUUAUGUUCUUCAUUUUCCUUCAUAAAACUAUGUUAUUUUGUUGCCUUAAUUGUCUCUGUCAAAGAUAAUUAAUUGUAUUAUUGCAAAAACAGUGUCUAAAGCUAAGAUCAAUCAUUAACAGUACA